AUGGAGCAAAUUAUGAGAAGAAACAUCACUUCAGUGACUGAGUUCAUUCUCCUUGGACUGACCAGUUGCCUGGGAUUGCAGAUUCUCUUCUUUGUGCUGUUUUUGGCCAUUUACAUAGCCACGGUGGCAGGGAAUUUGGGCAUGAUUGUCCUCAUCCAGAUUAAUGCCCACCUCCACACCCCCAUGUACUUUUUCCUGAGCCAUUUAUCCUUUGUAGAUCUGUGCUUCUCUUCCAAUGUGACUCCCAACAUGCUAGCAAUUUUCUUAUCAGAGAAGAAAACCAUUACUUACUCUGCUUGUCUGUGUUUCUUCUUUAUUGCUCUUGUCCAUGUAGAGAUAUUUAUUCUUGCUGCAAUGGCCUUUGACAGAUACAUGGCCAUUGGGAGCCCUUUGCUCUAUGGCAGCAAAAUGUCAAGGGUUGUCUGUACCCGACUGGUUUCUUGCCCUUACUUGUAUGGCUUUCCGCCUAGUCUGGCAGCAACAUUAUGGACCUAUGGCUUGCACUUCUGUGGGAAGAUUGAGAUCAACCACUUCUACUGUGCAGACCCACCCCUCAUCAAAAUGGCCUGUGCUGGGACCUUUGUAAAAGAAUAUACAGUGCUCAUACUCGCCAGCAUUAAUUUCACAUAUUCUCUGACUAUAGUUAUUGUAUCUUACCUGUUCAUCCUCAAUGCCAUUCUCCGGAUGAAGUCGGCGGAAGGGAGGCGCAAGGCCUUUUCCACCUGUGGGUCCCAUCUGACUGCCGUCGUCAUAUUGUACGGAACCCUCAUUUUCAUGUAUCUCAGAAGUCCCACAGAGGAGUCUGGAGCAGGGAAAGGUAGUGGCUGUGUUUUACACCACGGUGAUCCCCAUGUUGAACCCCAUGAUCUACAGUCUGAGGAACAAGGAUGUGAAAGAGGCCAUGAACAAAGUGAUCAGCAAAACAUUUUUAAUAAAGUAG